CAAAGUGGGCCAACGUCGCAGAGAAGGUGGCUCGCCUGUGUUUCACAAGAAAUUUCUCCGUCGCGGAGGGGAGAGAGACAGACACAAACACAGAUGGGAGAAGCGUCGCCGGAGUCCGUUGGCGUGACGGCCGGAGGGCCAACAUCUAUUCCGGCGGCGCCGAGGAAGGGAAAGUCGUGCAAGGGUUGCCUCUAUUACUCGUCGGUGCUCAAAUCCCGGGGCUACAAUCCCAUCUGCGUGGGGAUCCCUCGCUCCAUCCCCCAAGUUCCGGGCUUCGUGGUGGAAGAGCCUAGGGAGGAGGCAACGGCGCAGGGGCAUGAUUUGAGACAGUUCAAGUACGCGUGUGCCGGUUAUUCCAUGUUCGUGGACGACAGAGAUAACAAAAGCGGCGACAACGAGGCCAAGGCGUUGUUGCCGUAUUGCCAGGGGCUCGAGCUAUUGGCGGACAGGAGAAUGGUUGAGAGGAAAUCACCAAAUGUGGAGCAUGCUUCAGCCCGUAAUCCGAAGGAAGCUGCCACCAACCCUCAGGAACAAGGACAGAGACCUCCUCACAUGGCAAGACAGGAAUUCAUGGGGAGGUUCAGGAGGAGCGCCGGGCUGGUCGCUUCAGGUGUUGCCAAGAAUCUGAACAAAACAGCUGUCUAUAUCAAGCAAAACAUCGAGGACAUAUUUUCCCCUGAUCGACGGCCUCCUAAAUAGGAGCUGUGCAGCGUGGCCUCGUCCGUUUCCAGGUUGGGAGCUGAAGAAAAUUGCCAUCCACAUGAAAGAAAAGGGCUACCUUAUACGGAGUACUACUCUUGCUGUCGCCAUCUCAGCAGUAAAAAUGGGACGUUUUUCUGGGGCGUGGGACUGAAUUCCUUUUGAUGUAUUUGCAUGAUUUUGUAAUUUAUGGAAACGUACGGGUCCGAUGAUGUAUCCAUGCAACAUAGUUGCUGCUUCAAUAUUGAAGCCAAGGUCUGAUCUGGGUAAUUGAUCUCUGUUGAUUAAUAAUGUAAAAGUUCGCCCUCCUGCUUUAUAUGAUCCACGCACACGCAGUAAGCCA